AUGAGGAUCCAGUGCGACGCGUGCGAGGCCGCGGCAGCUACGGUGGUGUGCUGCGCCGACGAGGCGGCGCUGUGCGCGCGCUGCGACGUCGAGAUCCACGCCGCCAACAAGCUCGCCCGCAAGCACCAGCGGCUCCCGCUCGCGCUCGGCGAUGCCGCGGCGCUGCCCGCCGCUAGCAGCCUCCCGCGCUGCGACGUCUGCCAGGAGAAGCCGGCCUUCAUCUUCUGCGUCGAGGACAGGGCGCUCUUCUGCCGCGACUGCGACGAGCCCAUCCACGUCCCCGGGACGCUCUCUGGCAACCACCAGCGCUACCUCGCCACGGGCAUCCGCGUCGGCUUCAGCUCCGUCUGCGGCGCCGCCGGCGCUGAGGGCAUCCCGCCGUCGGCACCGCCCAAGGGCAGCUCCAACAAGCCCGCGGCCGUCAGCGCGCCAGCUGCCGGGGCCACCAAGACAACGACGGUCAAGGAAACACUGCCGCGGGAGAAAGACUCGCCUCUUGGGUUCAAGGAGCUGGAGUGGUUCGCGGACAUCGACCUGUUCCACGCCCAUUCGCCCGCCAAAACCACUACGGCGGAGGUCCCCGAGUUCUUCGCCUCGCCGCAGCCAGCGAGCAACGCCGGGUUCUACAAGACGAACGGAGUAGCGCGCCAGAGCAAGAAGCCACGGAUGGAGGUGCCUGAGGACGACGAGGACUACUUCAUCGUUCCUGAUCUUGGCUGA